AUGGUCACUGUAAAUGGAAGGCCCCUAAGUAUAGUAAAUGAUAGUGGUUUUAAAAAAAUUAUUAACCCAAUACUUGAAAGUUUUGGCAAUACAUUUUCAAUCAAUCAAAGAAAUGUAAGGAAAAAUGUUAUUGAAACGGCCAACUUGGUCAUCAGUGAUUUGAAAAAUCUGGUGAAAAAUCGUAUUCUUAGUUUAAAAAUUGACGGUGCCACACGUUUGGAUAAAUCAAUUCUAGGGAUUAAUGUACAAUUUAUUUCGGAUGAAAGUACACAUGUUGUUAAAACAUUAGCAAUGAUUGAACUUACAGAAUCGCAUACAGCAAACUAUCUAAAAAAAAAGGUACUUGAAGUUCUAAACAAGUAUGAUAUUAAACAACAACAAAUAUUGACAAUAACUACCGAUAGUGCAUGUAAUAUGGUAAAAAUGGUAGAAUGUAUGAGCAAUAUUGAAAGAGAUGAAUUUUUGAUUGAAAAUAAUAAUAUGGAAUCCAUUUCUAAUGAUACCACUGAACAUAUUGAUGAUGAAAAUGUAGAGACAGUACCUAUGGACAAUUUUCCAGAAGGAAGGCUUUGUCCAGAAGAAAUAAACGGUCUUUUGGGGGAAUUAGAUACGGAGACAACAAUUGAUCAUCUUCAAUUAGAAAAUAUUGAAAUGGAAUUUUUAACUGAUAUACAUAUUGUUGUUAAUGAACCCAAACCAGUUACCGUAUCAAUACGUUGUAGUGCACACACACUACAAUUAUGCAUUGAAGAUGCAUUAAAAACUAGGAAUUCAAGUUUGAUUAUUUCCAAAGCUCGUUCGGCAGUUAAAAAACUCAGAAUUCCUACAGUAGCUGGAAUAUUAAAAAAAAUGAAACAAAAAGGAGCUAUUAUUGAUGUAGAAACACGCUGGUGUAGUAAAUUUGACAUGUUGAAACGCCUUUUAGAUUUAAAAUCCACAUGUGUUGAUUUAUGUGAUACCUUUAAGGAACUAAAGCUUACUGAAAAUGAGUGGUCAUCAAUUGAAAAAAUGCUUCAAGCAUUAUCACCUGCCAAAACAGCUACUAUUGAGCUACAGAAAGAAACUUUAACAUUAGGAGAUUUUUUUGGUGUAUGGUUAAAGUGUUAUACUUGUACCAAAUUAGUGGAUUCAGGACUUGCUAAUGACAUUAUUAUAGCAAUGGAUACCAGGGGAUCGGUUUUGAAAAAUAAUUCUGUGUUUUUAGCAGCAAUUUAUUUGGAUCCAAGAUUCCAAUGGUAUCUUUCUCAAACUGACAAAUAUGCAGCUAAAUUAUUAUUGAAAGAUAUUUGGACAAUAAUUAUGUGGUUAGAAACAGGAAUCGAAACCGAAAGUAAUAUUUCAGUUCCUCCAAUUGAAAGUUUUGUUGAUGAUUCCUUGAAUGAUGAUUUGGAACAGUAUAUUAGAUCACAGAGUUCAGCUUCAGACUCAUUAGAUUUAAGUUUUUCAUUUCAAAAUUCAAAUUCGAUGUCUGAUAUAAGACGUAUAAUAGAUGAUUUUGACAAUGUUCCUAGACUUCAUCACUCAACAAAUAUUUUAGAGUAUUGGAGGAAUUGUAUAAACAGUAAACCAGAAUUGCAUAAACUGGCAAUGGUGUUAUUGGCAGUACCUGCGACACAAGUAUCCGUUGAACGUGCAUUUUCAGGUUUAAAAUUUAUUUUAUCUGAUUUAAGAAGUUCAUUAAAAACAGACAUGUUAGAAAAUAUUCUGAUGAUAAGGAACAAUCAUACAUUUAAAUAA